CCGAGCUUCUCUCGCUCGCCCCGGGAUCCAAACAAAUUUGCUUGAAUUUUGAGGGCAAUUUGGGAAAUCGCGACUCGUGAGUCGUGGUGACUGCUGUGCUGCAUCUGUGCGACCAAAGCGACUUCUAAACCAAGAACUUCGAGGGUUUGUCUUCAUACGUCCUGCCAUCUCCCCGGUGUCUGAUAUCAAGCACCUCGUUAUCCGUUUUGUUUUUCAAUACCCCUCUUGGUUGCGCAGCCAGACGCGCCCUUCGUUUUCUCUCAUCUGCCCAGAUCCCUCCCACUGUACUCUUCUGGAGGUCUCAACCCCGUCAACCCCGCUAUCAUGCCUUCUUUGACUCCGGUGAUUCUCCUCCCACUGGUCUUUCUGGUCCUCUAUUUCGUGUACCAGUACUUCGGCAGGCUGCGACCUCUCAACGCUAUCCCAAACGCUCACUUUACGGCUCCAUUCUUCCCGAUAUGGUUGAUAUCAAUCCGGUACCGCAAGCGCGAGAACCGCACCGUAUGGGAGUCGCACAAGCGGCUCGGGCCGGUAAUACGCCUUGCCCCAGAGGAAAUCAGUGUGUGCACUUUACAGGGGAUAAAAACUAUAUAUGGGAACUGGGACAAAGACACGUGGUAUGAGGCUUUUAUCAACUACGAAAUUCCACCUUUGGUGGCCGAAAUUCAAUCCGCCCCACACUCCGCUCACAAGCGCCGAAUGGCAAACAUCUAUUCGAAAUCAUUUCUUCAGAACUCCCCAGACGUCUCCAACUUCAAUAGGCGCAUCCUCACCGAAGGUGUGCUGCCCAAGAUCGCCACUUCAGCCACUAUUGGCUCUUCUCUUGAUGUCCUACGCCUUGGUUAUGCCUACGGGAUGGAUGUGAUGUCCGCUUAUGAGUUCGGCAGUGCCUACGGAACCAAUUUCCUCGGCGAUGAUGUAGCACUCAGCGGCUUCCUUGCUGCCUUCACAGCCGUGAAGCGCGGUGUUUUCUGGGCUGGGCGCUUGCCAGCUAUGACUCGGGCUUUGCAACGCAUUGGCAUUAACCUCGUCCCACAGGAAGCCAUGGACGGCCAGGCUUACAUGGAAGAGAAGUGCUGGAAGCUGUGCUCACAUCUCCAGACCGCCACGGAAACGAACUCCUUCACCUCUAGCAGCACCAAACCUGUGGUCUACUCGCAACUAUAUUCAGCUCUAGAAAAGACUCUAGAAAAGACGCCUCUUUCGCCAGCCCGAGGUCCAGAUUUUCUCCGCAAGUCCGUGGCUUCAGAUAUGCUGGAUCAUAUGAUCGCAGGCUAUGAGUCAUCAGGCAUUGCACUAGCCUAUACGAUGUACGAGUUAUGCAUGCACCCAGAAUUCCAAACAUCACUCCGGGCAGAGCUGCGGUCUGUGAACCCACCUCUCAUGUUCCCUAUCAGUACUGGAGACAAUGCAUUUUCAGCCUCUGUUCCGCCCCCCACACUUCCCAGGGCCUUGGACAGUCUUCCCUUCCUCAAUGCAGCUCUGUACGAGACACUGCGUUUGUAUCCACCUGGAGCAGCAGGUCAACCUCGAGUUGUUCCUCGUGGAGGAGCAGUGCUGUGUGGGUACCCGCUUCCCGAGGGUAUUGUGGCUCAUGCUGCAGCCUACUCGGUGCACAGAAAUGAAGAGACAUUUAAGAGGGCCGAGGAGUGGUUGCCUGAGCGCUGGAUGGGCGGGAAGGAGAGGGAGGUGAAAAACUGGUUUUGGGCAUUUGGGAGUGGGAGCAGGGGGUGCAUUGGGAAGGAAUUUGCUCUGCAAGAAAUGCUCGUUUUCCUGGCGGCGGUGUACACGAAUUUCAGUACUCACAUUGUGGAUGCGGAAGGAAUCGAGCCUGCGGAUGAAUUUAUUGCCGGACCGAGUGGUGGGAAGCUGAUCUUGAGAUUCGAGAAGGUCGAAUAGAGGACAGACGGAGUAAACCAUGCCAACCGGAACGGUUUAGUUUUGUCAUAUCAAGUACUAUAUGAUAGAACAGCUUUUCCGCCACCUUUUGAUAUUCCUUUCAGCCUCUCGACUCCUCCGCACUCUUGAUUCCCA